GGUGUCUUUCGUCUUCUUGUGUGUUCGUGCGUGUGUGUGUGUAGUUCUUGAACGAAAAAGGCAGACUGCUAGUAGAAAAACGAAAUCACCGAGCAGUCAGCCAGCCACUAGAACUGAACAGUGUGCGGAAGGGAAAGAAAUAUUCACAAAUCCAAAAUGGACGAACUCUUGGUGGAAGUAUGCGGCGAAAACGGAGCCAAUUAUAAGGGAGUUGUCACGGAUGUCUUCGAAGAUGGAGUUAUGGUGGCAUUUGAAAACGACUGGCAGGAAGAAUCCAAGUUCCUGUUUAGUCAAGUACGUCUACCUCCGACCGAAACCGCAACGACCUUCUGCGAGCACAUGGAAGUCGAGGUUUUCUCCCGGUCCAACGAAAACGAAGCGUGCGGCUGGUGGCGAGCGGUCAUCAAGAUGAUGAAGGGUGACUUCUUUGUGGUGGAAUACCUCGGCUGGGACAAUAGCUAUACGGAAAUCGUGUCCGCCGACCGACUGCGAGUGAAGAAUACCAACACUCCGAUCAGUGAUAAGACGUUCUUUCGAUUUGAGAUUGAAGUUCCGGAGGAUAUUCGUGAAUAUUCCUUACUGAACAGUGCCAAAAUCGACGGCGUGCACCGGGAGUUUCAAAAAGCGAUCGGUGCUGCCGAGUGUCGGUACGUUCCGGAACGGGGCACACUGCUAGUGAUAUCACGCAGUGAGUCAACGCAACGGCGAGCAACCAUGAUCCAGGAGAUGUGUUUCCGUAACCUCAGCCAAAAGGUGAUGCUCCUGAAACGAACCGAAGAGGCUGCCAGACAACUAGAAUCGACAAAGCUACACAAUUCGGGAGGAGGUUUUACUAACAAUCAGAGAAUUUCCGCUUUUAUUGGACAAUCAAUGAAUGAGAGAUUCACGGACGAGUUCAAGGUACGGGAGGAUCUGAUGGGACUGGCGAUCGGAGCGCACGGGGCCAACAUCCAAACCGCACGGAAGCUCGACGGAGUUCUGAACAUCGAACUGGAGGAGAACACCUGCACCUUUAAAAUCUCCGGCGAGACUGAGGAAGCGGUGAAGAAAGCCCGCGCCAUGCUCGAGUACAGCGAGGAAUCGCUUCAGGUCCCCCGCAAUUUGGUCGGCAAGGUGAUCGGCAAGAACGGGCGCAUCAUCCAGGAGAUUGUCGAUAAGAGCGGCGUCGUUCGUGUAAAGAUCGAAGGUGACAACGAACCGGAACCGAGCAUCCCACGGGAGGAGGGCCAAGUCCCUUUUGUGUUUGUCGGAACUGUCGAGAGCAUCGCCAAUGCAAAGGUGCUGCUCGAGUAUCAUUUAGUGCAUUUGAAGGAAGUGGAACAACUGAGACAGGAGAAGCUGGAAAUCGAUCAACAACUGCGGGCGAUUCAGGGCGCCACGAUGAGUUCGAUGCAAAGUUUUUCGAUGAACCGCCGUACGGACCGAGCCUACAGUAGCGACGUGGAUGGUGGCUCCCGAGCUGGGCGAGGUGGCAUGCGAGGUCGUGGUGGUCGAGGAGGACGCGGAAGCAAUCCACGAUAUACUGGUCGCCGAGACGUCGGUGAUGAUGAGUACACCCCUCGAGGUAGCGGAGGUGGCGGUGGUGGUGGUGGAAGCGGUCUCGAUCGUGGCAGUGACCAACGCAACAAUUAUUCGGACGGUCGUGGUAACCGUCGGGGAUACAGUGAGAAGCGAGGCACUAGCAGUGGGGGUGGCAAGCGACCCGAUAGGAACAAACCUCAAAGUCAGCAGGGUCCAUCAACGUCAUCCGGUCAGGGUGGGGGUGUACAACAACAGCAGCACUACCAACCCCAGCAACCGCAGCAACAGAUAGUACGGGAUGACCCCUGGGCAGAAGUGAUCGUGGAGAGCAAUCGGGAAACCAAUCGCGAGCUGAACAGUGUUGACCGGGAUAGCCACUCAUCAAAUGAAGGAACCCACAAUAGAAGCCGCCGAAGAUCGAAAAAUCGAGGUCACUCUAACAAAUCCAACGGAAACGUCCAGUCGAUGAGUGUGAAAUCGGGUAAUGCUAACGCCAACAGUUCAUCGCAACAGCAGCAGCAGCAACAGCAGCCAGGAUCCGCAGAUCUUCAUGACAACAGUAGCAACAGCAACACGAAUGCCAACAGUAGCAUCAAACAGCAGUCGAAUCAUCAGCACAGUACGGCCAAUGCGAACAAUGCUAGCAAUGCCAGCAACAGUAACAACAACAACAACAGCACAUCGCAGCUGCAGCAGCAUCAUCAGCAGGCACCACCGCCCAAGGGUCAAAGGGAACGGGAUAAUGGUCCAAGAAACCGUGGUGGUCGAGGUGGUGGUGGUGGUGGUGGUAAGCAUAAGCAAAAUCAGCAUCAGAGUAUCCAGAACCAGGCAGCUGCUGGCGGCGCCCUGAACAGUAACAGUACUAAUGCUGAUCACCAUCAUCACCACCAGCAGCCGCAGCAGCACAAUCCGGUUACCGGUGGUCCGGGCAAGGAAACGCUCGUCAAUGGCUCCUCAUAGAACCUGUUGGCCAAGACCCAUCUGCUGCUGGUGGGAGCGUGAACUAAAACAUAUAUAAACACAAACACACACCUACUAUUACUACUACUAAUAAUAAUAAACACACACCCACAUAUGAAACGAGAAGUUUAAACUUACACUGCAUAGAGGAAAACUUACUCGACUCGACUACCAAUUACGAAUAUUUUCGCGUGUAUUCAAAACAAAAAAAAAACAAAUGCAAUUCGAAAACAAAAACAAAAAAAAAUGGGUGAAACAAACUAGAGACACAGAACGAGUGAAACGAAUGGUGGUAGCUAUUUUGUGCUCAAAAUUAGUGCGGGAACUAACCUUCGUGUUGUUGUAGUCAGUGAUGUAAGUCAGUCGAGCAAUAGUGAAUUAGGCACCCAUUGCUGGGUAAGCAUUGAUAGAAAAUGGGAAUCAAAGCACCCUCGUAUGUGCAUCUUUCGAAAGUUAGCGAGAAAGAGAGAGAGAGAAAGAGACAAAGAGAAGUACAGCUGGAAACACGAAAAGCUAAAAGAUAACGAACACGUUUGUUGAACUAUAGAAUGCAGUAUUUUGUAAUAAGAAUCUUUGUCCGCAAAUUUUUGUUCGGAUUUUUUCCUUUCUCACUUCUCCGGUGGAUCUUUCUCUGCUGUCCAUUACAUUGAAUGUGUUCCUUAUAAUUAUCUAGAGACAAACUUGUUUAUCAAUGGAGAAUUCGGUAACUGCUAAGAGCUGGUGUCUCCGUCCGCUAAUUAUCUUUUAGGGGAGGCUCUUUCGUUGUAAAUUAGAAUGAUAUUAAACUGUGGUUUCGAUUCCUUUGUGAAGUAAAUGUUACUUGUGAAACGAUAGUUGUUAUGAUUUUUGCUUAUUUCAUAUGGGUUGUAAAAUUUUAAAAUAAGAGAACCGAUGCCGUUGCUUUUGUUGGAAUGAGUCACAGUACUCUUGGGCUGAACUGUAGCACAACUGUUUUUCAAAAAUUAUUUGACAGAUAAGAUUGCAUUGAUUGUUGUUCAACACUGCCAGGUUAGAUCAAAAUCGGUACGAAGACAAAGCUGUCUAUCUAACGGAGUAUGGAAAAAAAAACUAACACAAAUAAGCUGUUGGUGAAACACGAGUCGCGAGGGUAACACAGGAACGAGUUGUUAAUUGAUUAGUUAGCAACCUAUCCCGAUCUUCCUUCAUGGAAAGAAAUUUAACACCUUCAACUGCUAAGGAUGUCAAUUGACUAAUCUAUGUGGAGUUGUGUUAGUGCGAGAUUGAGGUUAAAUCGGGUAGUUUUUUUGCCAAAUGAGGUUAAAUCAGAUGGCGAAUUGAAAACAUAGCUUUAUAUGUAUGUUGUCUAUACACAUUGCAACUGUGUUGGUGUCCUAGACGUCAAAUAAGUCAAUAGGCAUUAGCAUGGUAACGCUAACGGUAACGUCGUUUGACGUGGGGUCGUGAUCGCAGCAACAUUUGACGAUGGAGAGGUUUUUUUCUACGAGUCAAAAACUGCCAGCGAUUUCUGUCGCUUUGCGCGAGUUCGAUCGCAGCAACCUAUGAUAACGGAGAUAUUUUUCACUCCCGUCAAUCACCACCAGAAACAAGUGAAGCAAGUGUUAAAAGUGAGCAAAAUUGUUGUGUCUUCUGAAGAAAUCGGUAAAUAUACACUAAAAAUGAUUCCGACGAACAGAAAAUGUUUGCAAACUGGUUCGGCGCGUAGUUCGCAGCAGAGAGGCAGUUUGGAGCGAACUGCAAUGCGCAACUUUCCUUACAGAUCAGUGUAAAGCGGAACAUGAUUCCAUGGGGAAAUGUUCUAUAAGCGCAACGCGCUUGGCAUUCAGCCACCGUGAAAAGCUUGCUCACGCCAGUAAGGUGAGGUUUAUUUGAAACCGAUUUGGUUUAGAGUCAUGCAAUCGAUUGAGCACUUACAUGAGUUCUAUUGAAUGCAGACCGAACGGGAACUCAGGACGUUACGCCUAGAAUGUUGAAUCUGUUUUUCGAGGAUGGCAAGAAUUUCAUCUCCGUUGAUCUGUCGUAUUACAAAGUAAAUCAUGAAAAAGAUCAUUAUAAUUUUAACUAUGCGGUUUAAAAAAUCUGAAAAAGUGACUUACGAAAAAGAUCCAGUAAACUAAAAGAAUGAUUUUAAGGAACCCAACCACAUAUUGGCGAAGGAUGCGGAAAAGCUGCCCGAGUCGCAGAAACUGCUGUAGUUGUUUAUAUUGCGCUGUUGUAUGUGCUUCCGUGAAGUUUUGUAUGUGCGUCCGUUCACAAUUGUAACCUAUUGACGUGUCUUUUAGGGAAAUCAUUAUUUACGGCUCAAAAGCGCGGCCAAUGCUGUGACACUGGUGGGAAAUGCUCUAACUCUCUCCUUCAACUGUUCUAUGUUAGACUUCCAUCACUGGGACAGCAAUAUUUUGCCCUGCAUACAUCAAAGCUCCGUCAGGUAACAUAAGAAGCACUAUACUGCCGUUCUACGCAUACUUGUCCCAUGUAUAUAGGGAAUCCCAUAGAACAAGAGACAAUUAAGCGUAUAACGGCAGUAUAUGUCCUACCAAAGCUUCCAAUGGUAUUGCUCGCCUCUCAAAUAAUGACAACUUCCAGUCGGACGGAUUAUCAGACGAUCAUCUUUGGAAUGAUGUGGAGGAAUUUUCUCUCGAUGUAGACUUGAAUGGUAAACUGAAGAUUUACUACCAGAACUUCCGAGGAUAAGCACAAAACUCGAUGAAGUUUUCCUAGCAAGCUCUUCUUCCCAUUACGACAGUUGUUCUCACCGAUACCUAUUUAGAUAAAAUUUAUUCAUUAAUAUAACUUCUGAAGUUUCAUAGGUUAAAAAGAUUUUCAUCUCAGGAAUCGAAUCAAUAAAAGUUUCAAGCCAGAGGAGACACCUUAGCGUAGCAUGUUAGGAAGCACUUAAAAUGCCACUGGCAAUUUGGACAGUUUCUUGUGGAAUUAAAAAAGAGUACCAGUUACAUUGGUUUUAUAUAGAUGCAUACGGAAUUUUACAAACAAAUAAGUAACAACAAAAAAUAUAAGCACCUUCCAGCUCUAUCACAUACAAACGUUGACAUUGAAACGAACGUCGUUAAGGUCAGGAUCAGUCUUCUCGCUGUUGAAGUUAACUAUUAAUACACUGAGGCAUGUUAUCAGAAAAAAAAACAAAAACAGGAUUAAGAGACAAGAUUUAGUCAAGUAAGGAAUGGACGUUUGAACAUGAACCAUGUGAGCCAAUUGACGUUCCUUCCCUUGUGUUUCUUAACAAGUUGUACUAGCUAGAUGAAGCAGCGACUUAAAAAAAAGUAUGGCUUACUAAACUAUCCCCUAUCGGUUUUCUUCUUUGUUUGUUUUCCACGAUCUAACUGUUUUUUUGUUCGUGACUGUUAGGAGGAACGAAAAAUACGUUUGAAUUUAGAGGCAUAAACAAUGGCAAAAAAACAACGCCAAACUAAUCCUUCCUCACCCCACCCGCUUCGCGAGAGAAAAAAAAAAACAAAUCAGGCCCAGUCCCAAGCAUUAUUAUAAUUUUGUCCUAGUUGUACGCUAUUUAGUUAGUCCUGUCACUGAUAUUUUUAUUUAUUAUAAUAUAGUCCAACUAUUUCUGUGAGAACAAAGUACUUUAGUUUAUCCGGGUGUCUAUUUUUUGUCGAUUUUUUCUCAGCAGAGAACUGAAAAAGAAAGUUCUCUCGGUCUCUCAACCUUCCGGAAGUCAUUUAGGCAACCGUCUGAUGCCGUUGGAUGAUUUCGGAACAAUUUCAUGACACGAUGAACUCUGUACACUACGUGACUCCCGGAAGAUUGGGAGAUGAAUCUUGUGGGAUUGUGGAACAAAUGAAUUAAGUCAUCAUCGAUUAUCCAUGACUGCAAACCACUGAAUUACGCAUUCGUCGGAAAAAAGGAUGAGAGGGUGUCGAUGGUUUAUAAUUUCGCCAACAUUUAUUCGGUCUUGGGUUCAUUUCACGCUAGUGCGUUGUACCACUCUUUUCUUCAGCUUCCGUUUCACUCGAUAUUUUUUCACAGUAAUAAACUAACGGGGUUCCAAGAUAUUUAUAUUGCAGGCGGAGAAAAGAAGAAUAAUUGUGUACGUCAGACUUCGUCACUCUGUAAGUUGGCAGAACUGCUGGAUUAUCCUAAAAUUACUGUGCUUCGGGUGAUUAAAAAGCACAAGUAAACUCUCAUAACUGUUAGCAAAGGGCAAUGGGACCGUUUAUUGUCAACUGAGUUUCAUUGUCAUUCGGAACACCCAAACUAAUCCAAACAUACUGUGCGGGCGAGUCAAUCUCUGAGAAGGCUACAAAUGUUACCCGUCAACCGAAGCCUUGAACAAUAACCAUUGCUUCGUAACCAAUGUCCGUAAACGGUACGACUAGGUACUGAUACACUAAAAAGAUGUGUCUUGAUUCACGAUGAAACCAUUGCGAAAGCCGAAACUAUAAAAUGCACCUGAUCGAGGCAGAUUGAAUUUUGUUUCCGCAAAUAAGAUUGCGAAAAAAUUAUGAUUUGGCAAGAGAUCUGUUUCUGUGGAAAGAAAACCAGUGUUUUUCUGAAGGACAAGAAUUCGAAAGUAUAUACAAGAAAGCACCUAGACACAAAAAAUUUCCCCCUUAAUAAGUCCCAUGAUGGUCCAGUUACGUUUUAGUCGUUCUAACCAGCUGCCAUUACACCAUGGACAAUGAUGAACACAACAAUGGAGUCCAGUUCAGCCCAACAGAGCUAAAUCCACCAAAUUUUCACAAAUUCCGUUCCAAAGUGUUGGGCUAUAAUUAAGCAGAAACAGAAGAUGAUGGAAGCCGUCAUCAGCGAGAUUGGUCGGAUGAAGAAUUGCGAGUAGCGGCAUCUAAGGGAAAAGUGAGAAUUUCUUCGAAAUAACGUUGAGUGAUUGGUUUCAGUUAUUUUUGUGAAAUAAAAUGUAUUUGCCUUUGUUUCAUCCCUUGACAGAUUCUUGAUAAAAGACACGCAUUUGAAAGUGCCUUUUCUUCUAAAUUAUCUAGCCUUUUUUUGUUUCGAUUGGUGAGGAAUAAUCCUUUAUCUUAUAUUAUCUUUUUCGGAUUUUUUUUCCAAUCCUAUGUAGGUGUUCGAGAAUAGAAUCUAUGUGAGCUGCGUACAAGGCAACCGAUUUACCAACUACGCCAUACCUGUUCCCAUGCCGGUGCCGGUGGAUGACGAAGAACUACCGCUGGACGACGAAAGUUAAUUUCCGCUCUCGAAGACCCACAUUCCAAGAAAUGACAGCUACUAGUCGGCAACCACCCCCUGAAGUAAAAUAUAAGUUUAAGCAUAAAUUUGCAAUUAAAAGUUAUGCUGUACAUCGCCAUAUCGGACAGAGGGAUUUCAAAGCCGUGGUUCGAGCCGAGCGGUUUGGCCAUCAAUCAACAAGUGUACCAGGAGGAGUGUCUUGAGAAAAUUCUUCUACUCUUCUUAAAGGAGCAUCUUGCGGAUGGAAGGUACGUCUUCUGGUCGGACAAGGCGUCUUCCCAUUACGCCAAGAAGACGCUGGACUAUCUUGAGCAAAGAAAAAUAUCGUACGUGCCGAAAAAAAGACACCCGAACAACUUGCCCCAGAGCCGUUCCAUUGAGGAUUUUUUCGGCUCCCUUAGUGCAUUAGUAUGCAAAAAUAAUUGGCGGGCCAAGGAUACGAAGCAGUUGACCACCGAGAUCCGGAAUGGUAUCCGAUAGAUGGACGUGAGUUGCGUCGUACCGCUGACCAGGACCCCUUCUCCAAUAUUCAUUGACGUUUUUUUUGAAAAAUAAACAUUAGGUUUUUAAUAAAAAAAAACCUAUUUUAAUCCACCUAGCGGUGCAAUUGUGCCUUUCUCAAUCAUGAAUCACGAGAAUGUGUGCGUUGUUUAUAUUCAUUAAAAACUUUUAAAUGCAUAUAUUACAUUUUAUUAUUAUACAUCACAUGACAACUCUAUACCGGAAAAUAAAUCAUUAUUCGAGUUCUACAAUUUUGAAAAAGAAAAAGCAUCCACGGUAAUAUUGAACUGAAAAAAGGUGCGAAAUCGGCAAAGUCCCAAAAAGUCGAUUUCCAUAAAAAAAAUUUUUCGAGAUAACAUAAAAUCUCGACGUUUCAUGCAUUUUAAAGAUAUUUGGCAUCAAAAAUACGAAUUCGAUUUCUGAAAUUUCAUGGGGUCCCCCCUUUGAAAAAAAAAAUUGAGUUCCGGCUUAUAUGGGAAUUUCAUAUGUGACCGGACGAUUUAGUCUAUAUUUCCGGACCCAUAUAAGCGAUCCGUACGAAAUUUUAUAGACAUCUGUGGGGAUAUUAUAGCUAUCAUUUGGGACUAAGUUUGUGAAAAUCGGCCCAAUUAUUUCAGGGAAACUGAUGUGAGUUCGUAAAUUUUGAAAGAUGGCCGCUUUUCCCGGGCACUUCCGGAACCGUCUAUGGUGGUCAAUGUAGUCAACGAAUGUUUGGUUGGCCGUCGGUGACCUAGAACAGCAAAUUUAAGUUGUUUGAGAGACAUUUUAGCGAAAUUUUUACCUUUUUUGCUUUCAUCGGAGUAUCGGUUUGAAUCACAAUUUGCUAUGUGAUCGCACGCCACAACCUGUAACUCCGGAACCAGGAAGUCGGAUCGGGAUGAAAUUAAAUAGCCAUUUACGGGGACGCAAUACCUUUCAUUUGAGGCCAAGUGUAGUCGAAUCGGUCUAGCCAUCUCCGAGAAACCGAUGUGACUGUUACUCUGAAUUUGGAUACUUCCGCCGGGGCUUCCGGAACCGAUUAUGGUGGCCAAUGUGGCCAAAUAGACUUUGAAUGGAUGUUAGUGACCUAAUACUACAAAUCGAAGCAGUUGUGGUCAAAUUUUGGAAUCGAAGCAGUUGUGGUCAAAUAUUUUUUUUUUCACCUUUAUACAUUCAUUGCAGAAUUUAUUAAAAUCGACAUUUUCUGCGUGUUCGUACUCAUCACCCUGUAAUUCCGGAACCGGAAGUCGGAUCCAUUAGAAAUUCAAUAGCAGCCUAUGGGAACGUUGCACCUUUCAUUUGAGACUAAGUUUGUCAAAAUCGGUUCAGCCAUCUCUGAGAAAAAUGAGUGACAUUUUUGGUCACAUACACACACAUACGCACAUACACACACACAUACAUACAUACACACACAGACAUUUGCCGAACUCGACGAACUGAAUCGAAUGGUAUAUGUCACUCGGCCCUCCGGGCCUCCGUUAAAAAGUCGGUUUUCAGAGCAAUUGCAAUACCUUUCUAUUGAGAAAGGCAAAAAUACUGAAUUCGAUGAUUUUUUUUUGGUUUUUAACGACAUUACUGAAUAAUUCUCAUUUUUUAUUCAACACCCGUUAUAAGAGUCUAUUACAUUGUGUUAAUGGGGGUUUCCGAUCCACGCAUCAAAAAAGUUUCUACAGGCCAUUGUUCGAAGCGGCGUCUUAGCCGCCAUGGGACUCACGGCUCGAGGCGAACGUUUCAGGUAGAAACCUUUUCAUGACAUCCACGUUCCCAGAGGGCUUCGUGUUGCGUUGUACAUGUGUACAAGUCACGGGAACGUAUUUCACGGCUUGAUCUAUAGAGAGCGCCACUACUGCUGCGACUCAACUGCGUCUGUUUGUAGCGUAUCUGAAUAGCUAGUAUUCCGGUGCUUUCCAUACAAGCCCGUAAUUUGUUGAAACGCAGUAGUUGACCCUUAUCGAAGGCAUUCAAGGGGAAUCAGUUCACCACCGAAACCGACACCGAAUAUGUGAGCAAGUUCGCGAUGAAGUUGAAAACUGCGAGUUACGAGGACAUUGAACUGUACUAGGGCACCAGAUAUGUGAUUUGCAACUUUGCAAGUCUGCCGCGGAGACGUGACAAUCAACCGUGUAUUUAGAGCGGAAUUAAUCUUCAAACUCGUGGUGAAGUACUAGUGCAAUACGCGGUAUGUGGAUUCGAUAGUGGGCAGUUCGUAUAAAGUACAGCGCCGUUUCAUGUUCGCGAUGCGCAUGCUGGCGGUCAGGCUACAAAGCUUGAAGUCUUUUCGCGGAUUGAUGGACAUACCAUGCACUUUUAGUAAAAACAUCUACUAGAGUUUUCUCACUAUGCUUCAAACUGCCGCAAAAUCAGUUUUUGAAGCUAUUCAGAAGAAGGCUGUGGAUGAGGAAAUGAGGUUGAAUGCUGAAACUGGUAUUGAAGUAACGCACUUGAACGUUUCUGGAGACGGUUCUUGGAAGAAUCCAGGGAUUUUUGGGAACUCAUCACUGAUUGGGAAGUAGCCGCAGGACUUCGUUGUCAAAUCUUCAUUCUGUCAAUCUUGCGCUGACUGGGCGUCGAAGAAAGGGACGACAGAAUACAAUGAAUGGCGGGACUCUCAUGGCGAAAGCUGCGCUGCCAAUCAUCAUGACAGUGCAGGGAAAAUGGAGGUGGACGCUACGAAAGAAAUGUUCGCGCAUUCCGAGCAAUUUCUGGGCGAUGAUGGCGACUUGAAAAUCUUCAGAUUUUUUGGACUUGGACCUAUACGAAGACGUCACUCUGCUAAGAAAGGAAUGCUUAGGUCAUGUGCAAAAGAAGAUGGGGCAGUCGGCUGCGAGCGGCGAAGAAAGGAACCAAGGGACUCGGAGGAAAAGGCGCGGGUAAGCUGACGGACAAGCUGAUAGCGGAUUCAACGACAUGCUAUAGACUGAUGAUCAGAAGGCACCCCGGCUCUGUAUUGAACAUGAAGGAUGUGCUACAUGAGCAACUUUUCCACAACUUAUUUUUUCAACUGAUAAGGUUCCGCUGCAUAUGACGUGUUCAGAAGGUGUUAACAACUGGUGCAAGUGGCGUGCGACGGAGUCAAAAGACGAGCUGGCUUCAUUCAAACACGACCAUUCUUUUCAAAAGAACGUUCAAGAUGCCAUCAAACCCGUGUACGAGGCUGAUUCCGCAGAUGAUUUGCUACUGGAAGAAAAUACUCAGAAUUGCAAUGAAAGCUUCAAUGACAGCCGUGGCUGAAGAAUAUGAAUGCACUGAGAGUUGCCGUUGGAUCCGAAACAGCCUCUGAAAAUCGACGUCUGCAAGCUGCCGAACGGAGGGUGUCCGGCUACACGAAGGUGGCUUUGUCCGGAGAAGAAGCCAUUUCUGUCCAGAAGCAAUUAUAGUUGAAGGAAGGACUGUUAUACGGACGGACCUGGCAUCUCGAUCUUAAAAUUUGAGACCACAGCAUUAUAAUAAAUUUGAUUUUUUUAUCCAUUCGUAAGUCAUUACUUCAAUAAACAUUAGACCUUAGACAGAACGUCACCGUGGGUGCCAUUUUGUCUUGAAAUUUGCGAUUCGACUUCGUCUCAUCAGAAUCCGACACUAACUUAGUUAACGGACUAAGCUAGCGCCGGAUUGACGCUAGCUUUAAAAAAACGGAGACACAAUUUGUGUUUCUGAGCAAACCCCUACUCCUACGUGAUCUCCUACGUUAACUAAGUUAGUGUCGGAUUCUGAUGAGGCGAAGUCGAAACGUGAAUUCCAUAAUUAAUUUAGUGAAAGGUUUUGUGCUCUUCACGCGCAAAGACGGGUUUAAACAAUUUUCUGCUUAAUUGAGAAAAAAUUGUUUAUACCAAAUUGUUCUCCACUAAGGAAAAAUCUAGCAUAGUGGUGUCUUGAUUUUUUUUUAAUCAAGAGGAAAAUAUAAGCUCUUUGAAUCCUAAAACUAUUUCCUUCUACGUUUUUUCAUUGGCCCACAAAAUAUCCAAACUUUCCAUACUUUUUGAUCAUUUGAAUGUGAAUCUCCCCUUAAAACUUUAAUAAACAGAAAAAAACUUUUUCUUAACGAUUUUUGUUUACCAGGCUAAGAUUGUUAAACACAAAUAAAAUAGUAAGAAAGUCGAAAAAAAACUCAUCCCUUUAUGUUCCACUAUUUUUAAUACUAUUCCGUGAAUUAAUUAUUUUUCAAAUUAAUAGUUUUGUAUUAAAUGUUCAAUUUAUAAUGUAUAUUAACGUAUUACGGUAGAAAACAAACUACUAAGACAGGAGCUAUCAGCAAAAUUCUGUGUUUUUUUUUUUCCUACUCCCGUCACCGUUCAGGUCGGUCAUUUUGCCCUAUUCUCCCCUACAUAUUUUACAUUUUCUCCAAUUAACUAUAUUGCUCUUUAUAAACUAAGCUUAAAUCAGUUAAAUAGUGCAAAUGAGUGGAAUAUGUGAUCACUUAACCUCCUGCUGCAAUGCUACAUGCUUUAAAUGAUCAUAAUUGAAAAAUGUUUAAUCUCAUUAUUAUCCAUUUUUUAUCCGAAAUUUUCAAAUAUCUGAAAAAUAAAAUCCGUAAAUGUUAAGAUCAGAAAAUUGAUUGUCAAAUUGAUAAAUUAAUAAAAAAGAAGGUGUUAGAUAAGGAAGCAAACGAAUAAGAAAACUAUGCAAAAAAACUAGACAACUUAGAGUCAGAGAACUGUGGAGAAUAAAGCCGACGCUUUGAUCCCGUUUUGACAGUUUGUUGAGAUCCAAAAUAUCCUUCACUGAUCUAUUACUCUAAGUUUUUUUCCUGACCAUUGUAUCUCAAAACAAUCAGAAUCAAUGAUAAAAUCACGUUUACCGCGAUAAACAGUACAUUAAUAGCAACUGUUUUGUAAGCUUGCAAAAUUUAAGAAAAAAAACAUCAAAUCGCUGAAAAUCUAAAUAACGUGAGUGUCUCUCCUCGAUUGGAGAAUAAAGUACAUUAUCAUACUUCACUAUCGAACAAUGUCAAAUACCAACCAAGAACGCAAACAGAACGGACACAAAACAAAACCAAACAAGUCAACGCAACAUACUAAUAUUGAGUGUUCGUUUAUUUUGAAUUUUGAGAAUAACUGUAAUUGAAAACAACAGUAAAAGUAGCCGAACAAAAAAAACAAUGGGAAACACUAGCAGUAACAAAUUGAAAAACCCGAACAGAGAAGGUAAAAAAAGUUACAAAAAAAAUGAAGCAACACAUUUUUAAAUGUAAAAUUGUAGUUAUGUAAUAGUAAUGAGAAAAUAAAAACAAGUUAAACAAUAUAGCAAGGACAAACUGUAA